AUGUGCCAGCACGAGGAUGCCGCCGGCCAAGGUCACCACGCCUCGCCCCGACCGUCAGACAGCUUCCCCUGGCACCUCGGCGUCUAUGACGCCCACUGCCACCCGACCGACACCAUGGCCUCGAUCGAGCGCCUCGGCGGCGACAACGGCAUGCGCGCCUCGGUGCUGACCAUCAUGGCUACGCGGUCGCAGGAUCAGGACCUCGUCGCGCAGGUGGCCGCCGCGCACGGCCUCGCCGGUCGUCGCCUCCCCGCCGACGGCGCCGGCUGCAAGGUCGUCCCGUCGUUUGGGUGGCACCCGUGGUUUGCGCACCAGCUCUACGACGACACCCCCUCCUCCGCGGAUGAUGCAGCUCCUCCCACAUACAGCCCUGCGGACGACACACCCGCGGCCGCCAUCGUCGCCAAGCACGCGCACUACCGCGCCGUGCUGCAGCCCGUCCCUCCCGCCGACGCCGACGCCUUCCUCGACAGCCUCCCGGACCCCGCGCCGCUGUCCGCCUUUAUCGCCUCCACGCGCGCGCGCCUCGCCGCGCACCCGCUCGCCCUCGUCGGCGAGAUGGGCCUCGACAAGGCCUCUCGCAUCCCCGAGCCUGCGUCCCCCUCCUCCACCACAGCCGCCGUUGAGGAAGGCCUCACGCCGGGAAGCCGCGAGGACCGCCGCCUCAGCCCGUACCGCGUCAGCCUUUCCCACCAGCGCGCCGUCCUCGCCGCGCAGCUCACCCUCGCGGGCCGCGAGCGCCGGGCGGUCAGCCUGCACGGCGUGCAGGCCCACGGCGUGCUGCACGACGCUGUGUCGCGGUGCUGGGCGGGGUGGGAGCUGCCCUCGCGGCGGGAGCGCCGGCUCGUCGCGCCUCACGCCGAGGAAUUUCCCGGCAGCAGCGAAGACGAGGAGGGAGGAGAGCCGCCACGGGUGACGACGGGCGGCAGCAGGUCGGGGCCGCUGCCGUACCCGCCGCGCAUCUGCCUGCACUCCUUCUCGGGCAGCGCGGAGACGCUCGCGCAGUGGAUGGCGCGGGGCGUGCCGGCGCGCGUGUACGCGUCGCUGUCCGCGGCGGUCAACCUGUCGACGGCGGCCGGGCGCGCGAGGACGGAGGAGGUGGUGCGCGCGGCGCCGGAUGACCGGCUGCUGGUGGAGAGCGACCUGCACAGGGCGGGCGAGGAGAUGGACGGCCUGCUGGAGCACAUGUACCGGUUCGUCUGCGAGGUCAAGGGCUGGGGCCUGGAGGAGGGCGUGGCGAGGAUACGAAGCAACUACCAGGCAUUCAUCUUUGGUCAAUGA